CCGCGACGGCAAUCAACCAUGUCGCCAAUCGUUACCAUCUCGAGCAUAGUGGGCUGGACCUACGUAUUCCUCUGGUCAAUUUCCUUCUACCCGCAAGUUCUCACCAAUCUGAGCAGGAAAUCCAGCUCCGGCCUAUCCAUAGAAUUCACCUGGCUCAAUGCGCUGGGCCUGACGGCCUACAGCGUAUUCAACGCCGUGCUUUUAUUUUCGCCCGUUGUCCGCGCCCAAUAUGCUAGUCGGUUACCGGGGAACCCUACGCCUCCGGUGCAUUUCAGUGAUCUAGUGUAUGCAGCGCAUGGGGCGGGACUAUGUCUGGUCCUUUUAAGCCAGGCGCAAUGGCCACACUUGUGGGGAUUCCGUGGAUCAAAAGCGGCGCUGAGCUUGAGCACUAUAGGAGUGUUCUGGGGCUGCAUUGCGAUCAUAUUUGCUGGCAUUGGCAGCGUUCUGCUUGGGCUGUCGCAGAGAUGGGAAUGGCUUGAUGUGGUAUACACGAUUGGGAACAUCAAGCUCUUUCUCACGGUCGUAAAAUACACGCCUCAGGUGAUCCACAAUUACCGUCGCCAGUCAACCGAGGGCUUCAGUAUCUAUGCUAUUCUGCUCGAUUUCACGGGCGGGCUGCUGUCAGUCGUACAGUUACUCCUGGAUCUCGGCGAGCAAGGGAACUGGUCUCAGAUGAGCUCGGGAAACGGUGCGAAAUUCGCACUAGGCAAUGUCACUAUGCUUUUUGAUAUCACAUUUAUUGUGCAGCAUUAUAUUCUCUAUAGGCAUCGGAGCAAGGGCAAGGCAGCGCGUGAAGAAAGGGCGCCGUCAGAGGAGGAUCCGUUAUUGGGUAAUCAGGAGGCUUGA